AUGCAGGGCCGCCUCAAGGCACUAUUGGCGCUGUGCCUCAUCUUCCUCCUGGCGAUUUCCGGAGCUUCUGCCAGAAGGGAGUCCUGGACUGGCCGCUCAGCACAGUCAGGAGAAAGUGCGGGUGUGCGCCGGAGCAUUGUGGGAUGGAGCGCGCAGCGGAACAUGCUUGGCUAUGACUAUGUUUACGCAGCCAAGAAGGAGGAGCCGCCUCCAAAGAAAGUGGUGGAGGUGAAGCAGCAAGUGGUCAAGAUUGAGAAGCCCAAGCCGAAGCCCAAAGUGGUGUAUGUUAAGAAGGCCUCGCCCCCGCCCCCCGAAAAGAAGUUCUUUGCCAUUAAGAAAUACGGCUAA